CGGCAUCCGUACACUCAAUUGACAUCUCGAUUGGCUUUUAAUAGCCUGUUGACCUCAGUGCCGUCGUCGCCACGCUCGACCCACGUGACUCGAAGUGGUUCUUCCUUCUGGCGGUCCGAGCUUCCAGGAAUUCCCUAACAUAGAAUCGUAGCAUCAUCAACACCAUCGUCCUCCCCCAUCCUUUCCGCUUGAUAUCACACCCGUCUUCCCGUCAAACAUGCUCCGACAAGCCUUCCUCACAUCCACUCGUGCCGCAUCACGAUGGGGCUGUGCGCGCGCGACGCCAAUUGCCCGCUCGAACAUGAUCCGCUCCUCCAUCCUGCCAACUAGACAGCAGCUUGGUUUCCAGGCUGUUCGUUGCUAUGCUGCCAGCUCCGGCCUGUCGAAGGAAGAGGUGCAGGGAAGGAUACUGGACCUUCUGAAGAACUUCGAUAAGGUGACGGACCCUUCGAAGCUCUCUGGAACGUCACAUUUCUCGAAUGAUCUCGGUCUUGACAGCUUGGACACUGUGGAAGUCGUGAUGGCAAUUGAGGAGGAGUUCAGCAUUGAGAUUCCAGACAAGGAAGCAGAUGCCAUUCACAGCGUUGAGCAAGCAGUAAACUACAUCCUCAGCCAGCCAGACGCCCACUGAGUCUUGUGUAUGAUAUAGCUGGAGGAAAGAGCAGUACUGGUGACAAUGGGACGGGCGAAAAGGCAGCGUUGCGCUGUUGAGCAUUUCCAAUUUAGAACGCCUAGCUCUCUUGUGAGAUCAUAAGCACUGUACUAUAUAGAGCAAAGGAAAUCAAUUCUCAGUGCUCUCCCUGCAG